AUGCAGUAUGUGGUGGAUCGCCUCUAUGAUGCCCGAGACACUCUGCGUGAAUCGUUUCAACCAGGCGACGGAGACGAUGCGGUAGCGCCGUUCAUGGUUCCUGUCGAUGGUUUGCUGGAGCAGGCGGUGUCCUUUCUAGAAGAGAAUUAUCGGGAGAAAGUUGUGGCCGUGCUGAAAUCCUCCGGUGCAGAGAAAGAGGCGUGUCCCAUGCUGGACCUGGAAAAAUGGCUCAAUUCCAUGUACAUACCCGAAACGCGGGCAUCCAAUGUGCCCCCUUUUUCUUUGUCAAAGGAGAGGGGCAUGUGGAGAGGUGUGAAGGUGGAAAGACUCCAAAGUGUACUCCAGUUAUACUGA